GGUAUUUAGUGUGGUGAAUCGUCGUACGCUCCCUGUAUUUGGUGUCUGAUCGUGCCCGAGACAAGUUCACUCCAGCAAACAUCAAGGCCAGCGCGGAAGAAUCUCUAACACGCUCUCUUUCUCUCUCUCUCGUAUACACACACACACACAGUUGCUGUAAAACAUGGCCACCGUUACGGAAGUUGGAGGCAUCAAGACCGGCAAGCUGCUGAUCGAGGGCAAGACGAAGCAGGUGUACGAUGUGCCGAGCAUGCCGGGCCACUCGAUCCUGCUGAACAAGGAUCGCAUCACCGCCCACAACGGUGUGCGGGCCCACGAUCUCGAGGGCAAGGCGAAGAUCUCCAAUCAAACGAACGCGAAAGUGUUCACGCUGCUGAACCGGGCCGGUCUGAAGACCGCGUUCGUGCGCAUGAUCUCCGACAACGCGUUCCUCGCGCGCAAGUGCGACAUGGUGCCGAUCGAGUGGGUGACGCGCCGGGUCGCGACCGGUUCGUACCUGAAGCGCAACCCGGGCGUGAAGGAGGGCUACCGCUUUGCGCCGGCCAAGGUCGAGACGUUCUUCAAGGACGACGCGAACGACGAUCCGCAGUGGAGCGAGGAGCAGAUUGUGUGCGCCGGCUUCAAGGUGAACGGUGUGACGAUCGGCCAGGACGAGGUGGACAUUAUGCGCCAGACGACCGCGCUCGUGUUCGAGGUGCUGGAGCGGGCCUGGGCCACCCGCAACUGUGCGCUGAUCGACAUGAAGAUUGAGUUCGGCGUCGACGCGGACGGGCAGCUGCUGGUGGCGGACGUGAUCGAUUCCGACUCGUGGCGCCUCUGGCCGGCGGGCGACAAGCGCAUGAUGGUGGACAAGCAGGUGUACCGCAAUCUGGCGAACGUGACGGCCGCCGAUCUCGACGUGGUCAAGCGCAACUUUACCUGGGUCAGCGACGAGCUGGACAAGAUGGAUGCACCGGCCAGCCACCUGGUGGUCAUACUGAUGGGGUCCGCCUCGGACAAGGAGCACUGCGAGAAGAUCGCCAAGCACUGUGCCGCGCUCGGGCUGAACGCGGAGCUGCGCGUGACGUCCGCGCACAAGGGCACGCAGACGACGCUGCACAUGGUGAGCGAGUACGAGAGCGUGCUGAGCGAGCUGGUGUUCAUCACGGUGGCGGGCCGGUCGAACGGGCUCGGCCCGGUACUGUCCGGCAACACCAACUAUCCCGUCAUCAACUGCCCGCCGGUCAAGCCGGAAAAUGUCGAGCAGGACGUGUGGUCGAGCCUGAACCUGCCGUCCGGGCUGGGCUGUGCGACCGUCCUGUACCCGGAGGCGGCCGCCCUCCACGCCGCCCAGAUACUGGGCAUGAAGAACUUCCUCAUCUGGAGCAAGCUGCGCGUGAAGCAGCUGGACAACUUUGCCAGCCUGAUCAUGGCGGACAAAAAGAUGCGCGGCGUACGCUCUAACUAACGCCACUAUUAUAUUUCGUUAUUUGCCACGCGUUUUACCACGCAAUCCUAGAAUAAAUAUCCUGUAAAUGA